AUGGCGGAAGUUGGGAAUCUCGAAUCAGAGAAGGACAUUCAGAAGAAAAUUGAGGAGACAAGACAGAAGUUCAAGAAUGAGUACCUCCAGGAAUUGGAAAAAUAUGACUCAAGAGAUGUGGACAGACUGCAGAAAGAUGACACUCUGGUGGAAGCCUAUCUGAUGUGGCGACUAUACUCUGUGGACGAUGCCCUGAAAAUGAUUGAUGAGAGUUUUCUCUGGAGGAAAGAAUUUGGUUUGAAUGACCUCACCGAGAGCAGCGUUCCAAAGUGGAUGUUUGAGACCGGGGCUGUCUUCCUACAUGGCUAUGACAAAGAGGGCAACAAGCUCUUUUGGUUCAAAGUCAAGCUGCAUACUAAGGAUGCAAAAACCACAAUGGACAAGAAGAAGUAUGUUGCUUUCUGGCUGGAGCGCUAUGCUAAGAGAGAGCCAGGAAUGCCGCUCACUGUUGUGUUUGACAUGGCCGAUUCAGGGAUCAGCAAUAUUGACAUGGAUUUUGUUAAGUAUAUCAUUAACUGCUUCAAAGUGUAUUAUCCAAAGUUUUUAUCCAAAAUGAUAAUUGUCGACAUGCCAUGGAUUAUGAAUGCUGCGUGGAAGAUUGUGAAGUCGUGGUUGGGUCCGGAAGCCAUCAGCAAACUCAAGUUUGCAUCCAGAAACGAGGUGCAGACAUUUAUUGGCCCUGAGUACCUGCCUCCUCAUAUGGGUGGAACGGACCCCUUCAAAUACAGCUAUCCUCCUCUUCCUGAUGACGACUUCCAAACACCCAUAUGUGAGAAUGGACCAGUGGUUAGCGAGGACGACAAUGAGAGCAAGGGCGAAUCAGAAAGCAAGGAUGGGGAAUCAGAGGGCAAGGAGUUGGAGUCAAGCUUCUCCUCUGAGGUCGCUGUUAAGCCCAAAAAGGUGAAUUUCUCUGAGGAGAUUGUGGGCGGCCUGAGGCAGGAAGACCCUGAUAGAGGAGACAGUCGGACCAGGGGAGCCAGGAAACCACUGUCCACAUUCAGAGGCCCUCUGCUACACAUCAGCCCAUCAGAGGAGCUGAGCUUUGGGUCCAAAGAGUCUGAGAGGAAGUGUCUUAUCAUCCUCGAAAAUGUGUCCAAGAAUCAAGUGGCCUUUAAGGUACGAACCACAGCCCCUGAGAAGUACCGAGUUAAGCCCAGCAACAGCAGCUGUGAACCGGGCAUGUCUGUGGAUAUAGUCGUGUCCUUACAUGGAGGCUACCAGGCAUCUCUGCAGGACCGCUUCCUGGUCAUGGGCGCCGAGAUGGAGCAGAACUCUUGCGCUGGGUCAUCAGAGCUUGCUCAGUUCUGGAAAGAUGUACCCAAAACCAAGAUCAUGGAGCACAGAUUACGAUGUCACAUCCUGGAGAGCCCUAAGCCUAUUCUGAACUACCCCAGUGACACCACUGUUGAAGGAGUACCCAAUGGCCACCCAGACCUACAAACAACGAUGAUGCGUUUGAUGGCGUGUAAUGCUCGGUUGGAGCAGAAGCUGGACCAGUGUCUGUGGGUUCAACAGGUCCUCAUUGGUCUGAUACUGGUCAUGAUGAUGUUCAGCUUCCUGUCUGUAUACUACCUUCCUGGAACGUCCUGACCUGAUCUUGUCCACCUCCUCCCAUCCAACCACCAUAGAGACUACGCCAGUGUAAAGCUUAAAACACAAAUAGUGUCUGGUUUGGACUCUGUGUUAAAAAGGGAGAAAAAAAAACAGGGCAGAUUCUCCUCUCUGCAAGGGCUGUCGUCAUGGAGAUUGAGGGAUGCUCUCUUCCGUAGCAGUGAACUAGGGACAUGUGAACUUGUGGAGUUGUCAGUCGGUUGCCCAGAGAGAUUUGUCGUAGUCUUCUGGGAGUUGAGAGGUACCGUAGCUAAGACUCUCCACACCAUGAAAUGAUAUGAAUACAGUUUUUUUUGUUACUGAUCAUGGAGUUAUACAUGCAGAGUCUAUUUAUUUCAAUAUGUAACAUGAUGUAGAAGAUUUAGUUCUUACAUUUUUCUGAUUCUAAUGUAUUUUUUAUUUUAAUUAUAUAUAUAUAUAACAUAUCUGGUCCAAAAAUA